ACCUCCUUUGCUUUUCCGUAUCUCUUCCGCAAGCAGCUCGACCAUAACAGCAGUCAUGACCGCGUCUAUUGUCGUCCAGAGGGUCGCUGCCCUGGCGGGGGCUUCUGCCGUGGCCGCUGGGGCUUAUGGAGCUCACGGUUUCAAAAACAAAGACCCCGAAGAUUACCAGAGAAAUCUGUAUGAAACGGCCAACAAGUACCACUUCUACCACAGUCUCGCUCUGCUGGGAGCUUCUCGCUGUGGAAAGCCCGCCUUGGCGGGGGCCCUCCUGGCGGCGGGCAUUGGCCUGUUCUGCGGGCCCCUGUAUCACCAGGCUCUGACGGAGAGCUCCGAACUGCGAAAGGCAGCCCCGUUCGGGGGGAUGGCGCUCAUCGCCGGGUGGCUGGCCUUGGUCUUCUGAAGCCUGUCAGGUCACCUCUGGGCGGGAUGCAAUGUCACGUUAAAACUGUCAAAAAGUUGAGCUUUUGAAAAUGUAAUGUCAGAUAAGAAGCACAGGGGGGUGGGGUGGAACCGCCGCCCCUCCCCUACGUGUCGCCGCGAGAUAAGGCUGUUUGGAGGGAUUACCUUUAUUUAAAAUGUCCAAACCAUCGCUGGAUUUCUGCCCGACUUGCCGGGUUCACAACCUUGUCUCAGCCCAUCGGAAGUGGACGGGGUGAAUGUAUGUGUGUAUUUUGUUACAAAAUUAAAUAAAGUUAGAUUAAAUCAAUAAA